CCCACUCCUCACAACAUGGCGGCGCCCAUAGCCCUCCACUUCCGCCUCUUACCCUCCACUUCCGCCUCGUACCCUCCACUUCCGCCCCCCACCCCUCCCAAGAUGGCGGCGGCCGUAGCCUUCCACUUCCGCCUCGUAACCUCCACUUCCGGCUCAUACUCUCCACUUCCGCCUUUCACCCCCUCCACUUCCGCCUCUUGCUCUUCCCCUUCCGCUUCCGGUCCGUCCCCUUCCGCCCCCUCCCCUCAAUCCAAGAUGGCGGCGGGCGGUUCCCCGUCUGUUCCCGUUCCCCCCCGGGGCCGUUUCCCGGGUCGCCCCCCCCGCGCUCCGUCCCGUUCUUGUUUCCGGUUCCGGGUUCCUCUCGGUACCGUCCCGGUUCACGUUUCCGGUUCCGGUUCGGAUCCGACUCUUCGGGUUGUGCUCGGGAUCGCGGCGGGAUUCGGGCGGUUCCGGGACGCGAUGAGGAGAGAGAACGGGAAGGCUCCAAUUUGGGGUUUCCUGCCCGACGAGAUGGCGGCACAAAGGAGGUCAAGGAGAGGUUCGGCCCCCUCCGCAAACUCCCCGACAGCCCCCUUAGAUGACACGGCUGACAGCAGUGACAGCAGCACUGACAGCACAGAUGAGAGCCCCACAACCAGCGACCUACAGCUGCAGGGACAACGCAUGCGGGCCAGCACCAGAGCCAGUACCAGAGCCAGCACCAUGGCCAGCUCCAGGAUCAGCACCACGGACAGCUCCAGGAUCAGCACCACGGACAGCUCCAGGAUCAGCACCACGGACAGCUCCAGGAUCAGCACCACGGACAGCUCCAGGAUCAGCGCCAGGGUCAGCAACAGAGUCAGUGCCAAGAUCAGCGCCAGGGGCCGUACCAGAGCCAGCUCCAGGGUCAGCACCAGGUUCAGCACCAGGGAUAGCUCCAGAACCAGCACCACGGACAGCUCCAGGGCCAGGACCAAUUUAAUGGACAGCAUCAAUGUCAGCACCACGGACAGCGCCAUUACCAGCACCAUGGACAGCACCAGAAUCAGCACCAGGGGCAGUUUGAGGACUAGUGCCAGGAUCAGCACCAUGGACAGUGCCACGUCUAGAACCAUGGGCAGCCCCAUAGUCGGACACACUGACAGCUCUGGGAUCAGCACCACGGACAGCUCCGGGAUCAGCACCACGGACAGCUCCAAAUCCAGCAUCACGGAUAGCUCCGGGUUCAGCACCACGGACAGCUCCGGGAUCAGCACCACUGACAGCUCCAAAGUCAGCACCACGGACAGCUCUGGUAUCAGCACCAUGGACAACUUCAAAUCCAGCACCACGGACAGCUCCAGGAUCAGCACCAUGGACAGCGCCAUGUCUCCCAAUAGGGCCAACAGUCCAGCUAUGACCAUCAAUAGGGCCACCAGUAGGGCCAGGGUUAUCAAUAGGGUCCCCUGUAGGGUCAGUAGUAGGGUCAGGGCCAGCAGUGGGGCCAGCAGCAGCAGCAGGGCCGUGGCGGUGCCUCAUUCGGGGCGGCGGCGCAUCCCGGUGCUGCGGCGGCUGCGUCAGUUUGUGAUGCCGUUGGUCAGCGCUCGGUCCUCCCGCCCCAUCCGCCCCCCCAGGCGCUUUGUGGCCUAUGGGGACAACGAAGGGGGGAAUAAUGAGAGCUCUGAGGCCGUGGGGGGCAAUGGGGCGGCCUAUAGGGAUGGGGUGGGGGUGCUUAGGGACAGUGCGAUGGCCAUUGGGGGCAAUGGGGACAGUGGGACGGAUGGGGGGGACAAUGGGAUGGUGGGUGGGUUUGGGGGCGGCCGGGUGGGGCUGGGUGACAACGUGACCCACAUUGGGGGCAGCAUAGACAGGGACAGGGGCUGCUGGGUGCUGCUUGGGGACAAGGUGACGCUCAAUGGGGCCAUUGGGGACAAUGGGACGGUGGUUGGGGACAAUAGGACCAUCAUUGGGGACAAUGGGACGGUGGUUGGGGACGGCCCCGAGGCCAUUGGGGACAAUGGGACGCUCAAUGGGGCCAUUGGGGACAAUGGGAUGGCGGUUGGGGACAAUAGGAUCGUCAUUGGGGACAAUGGGAUGGUGGUUGGGGACGGCCCCAAGGCCAUUGGGGACAAUGGGACGGCGGUUGGGGACAAUAGGACCAUCAUUGGGGACAAUAGGAUGGUCAUUGGGGACAAUAGGACGGGCAUUGGGGACAAUGGGACAGCCAUUGGGGACAAUAGGAUCGUCAUUGGGGUCAAUAGGACGGUCACUGGGGACAAUAGGAUCGUCAUUGGGGACAAUAGGACGGGCAUUGGGGACAAUGGGAUUGUCAUUAGGGACAAUGGGACGGGCAUUAGGGACAAUGGGAUACCCAUUAAGGACAAUGGGAUGCCCAUUAAGGAUUAUGGGAUGUCUAUUGGGGUCGUUGUGGCUGGCAGCGCUGAGGGCUCAGCUGUGAGUGACCCGCGGGACGGGCGAAGCGGGGACAGCAGCCAAGCACACACUAGGUAA